AGAGGGACACUUCACAACACCGAUUCUAUUCAUACAUAGGAAAUAUUUAUAUAUCGCUGUCUCUUUCGCUCGUAUUGAGAAAUAAUUAAAUGAAUGGUGAACGAGCGAAACAGGAAUAUGUUCGAGUGGAAAUUAUUGAAAGCUGGGCCAGGCCAGUCGCCAUGUAGAAUUUUUUGAUGUGGGUGUUGUGUCUUGGAACGUCAAACGCUUCAAUGAUUAUUAUUUUCAAGUGGACAUUAAUUUUAGUGUAAAUCGACAUUUGACUAUUCGUUUAGUGUUUUAAGUGAAUUUAGUGAACAAUAGUAUAUAUUGCUUUGUGAUUGUGAGCCAUCUAAUCUGGUGACGGCAGAUAAUAAACUGGAGGGGGGCUGCUAAAAUACUACGAUAGGAUAGUAACGACGUUUUACAACUCGAGAGCGCUCAUAAAAUUUCUCAUCUCAGUGCGGGCGAGUCGGACUUCCAUUUUGUUUUAUUAUGUGGUUUGGUUGUUUACACUGUGCGUCGCGUUGUGGACAAUGGAAAGCGACGGUAUGCGUUUCGUGCGCGAUGAGUGAUCGGUGGUAGCGGGAGGCGGUGAUGCAGCGAGCCCACGCGGGCGGCGCCCCGCAUGCGCAGGCCUCCGCCACCGCUCACCCGCACGUACGCACGCACAACUCUUACGCAGACAUCGAUGAUCAGAUCCCUGCUUCAGUGAUAAGCAGUGUGGGCACAGUGAGCCUGUCUCAAUCAUCGACCCAUCCUACUCCAAAUAUAACUAUGGCGAAUCCAACGAACCUUGGAAACGCUAGCAGCGGGAAUGCCCAGCCCGCUGCGCAACAGACACCAACCCAGGCACCAGUACGCAACCUGCCCAAGAAACGGAAAUUCGAUCCCUCCGUGCUAGAAGAAAUGAAUUGCGGAAACAAUAACACGGUGAACGCUCCUCUGCCGGUGGAAUACCAACCGCAUUACCAACAACCCGUCAUGCAGCCAUCCCCGAUAGUCCAGCACCCAUCUCCUCCAUCCGAGAUGAAGUCUUACAUCUCCUACCCAAACAUCGACCUGUCCGAGUGGCGUGAUCACAGGGUACUCGCCAAACAGCGCGGCCUCUACGUCCCAGGAGUCAUCCGUCAGGCCGAAGGUUGUAAAGUGGUAGUGGAGUUCGACGGGCUUGAGAACGACCCCGUUGAAUAUAGUGAUGUGUUCGGUAUGAACAAGAACGAUGUGAUUAGUGACGCGAGCCCGCAAAUGAGUCACUUGCAUAUGGGCUCGCUGUGUGUCGUGAGGACUACGGACCCCAGCCGGGAGAACGUGCAAAAUGUUUUCGUUGAAGGCCUCGUAUACGAAGUGCUUAAUUCUCCCAUCAGAAUACGAGUUAAGGUAUCAGACGGCGACCUCUGCAAGGAGAUGGUGGAGGUGAAGCGAGCGGACAUCAGGCUCCUGCAGCCGCCCUGGGCUGAUGAGUUAGAAGACGCUGGAACUCACGCCGCGUCCACCCUGCACCCGGCGAUGCGCAUACAUCAUGUGCCUACACAGAUGGGUGGCGACAACUUCUACACAUCAUCACCGAUGCCGGGCGCGGGCGCUGGCGGCGUGGUGACCGUGGGCGCGCUGUCCAACGGCUCCAUGGACGACCUGCGCAAGCGCGCCUUCGACGACUACGGCGAGAGCGACGACGAUCUUCGCCGGGAGGACAUCAUGUUCCCCGCUGAUGUCUCACAUAUGGACUGCAGCAACAGCAAACGCAGUAGUCUUCAGAGCCGAGGAAGCACCUCCAGCUUGUUGGAGCGCAGCCUCACACCCAGAUCUCAACCUCCCACUCCUAGAUCUCAAGCGGCGACCCCGCACAAAUAUAAGAAGGGCGACGUGGUGUCUACUCCCACUGGCAUCCGUAAGAAGUUCAACGGCAAGCAGUGGCGGCGCCUCUGCUCCAAGGACGGCUGCACCAAGGAGAGCCAGCGGCGCGGGUUCUGUUCAAGGCAUCUGUCGCUACGGGGCGUGACCAGGUCCUCAAACACUCCGCUAGCUCAAGGCUCUGCUCAUACCCCGCAGCAGAGGAGUAGCAGUAAAUCCCUAUCAUCCAGCGGCACGGGCGUCGAAGGUGACGAGACAUCACGAGAGUCCGACACCACGCCGCCGCACUACCGCGUCACUGGACGCUUUGACUCAGAUGAAACUGAGGCUGCUAAUAUGCUGGUGUCGCUGGGCAGCUCCCGCUCGGGCAGCCCGGGCGCGUCGCCGGUGGGCGGCGGCGGCUCGCCGGGGCUGCGCAACAACCUGUUCGUGCCCAUCUCCUCGCCGCAGCCGCAGCCGCACCAUCCCGCCGCGCUCUACCACCACCAUCUCAUCAGGCCUGAAUUAGUACGACCUAGCCGUGUCAACUCUCCAGCCAGUGUAGCAACAAGCGUGAUCCGAGUUUCGCCAGGACCAAACUACCAUUAUCAGACAUUUGUCUCUCAGGUGGAGAACAGGAAUGGUCCAACAAUCGUUCAGACGAACAACGUAUCCCAGUCGAACGUCAUUGGAGUCCAGACAUCGGGACUCAAUCUUCAAAACACAAUUCACACCAGCAUAAACGCUACUACAACAACUCUGUCCAGCCUGACAUUGCCAUCGAGUAUAUCCCUUAACUUGAAUAACAUUAAUACUCAAAGUUUGCAAACAAGUAUUGCGAACACAAUCCGCAGUACCAACGACUUAGCUCACAACUUAAUAGUCCCGAGGGCCAUACCAACUUCAAACGGGAUUGACGUAGAACCGAUAUACCGUCAGCCGAUACACCAGCGGAACGGGAUACACGACCAGUACCGCCGCGACACCGAAAUGUCGCCGCCAUUAAACAAUCAUGAAAAUUUUCUGAAUAGGAGAGUCUCGGAGUACGACGACGAAGACCAUUCGGCGUCGCAGAGAGAGAAUAAUAUACUUCGUAAUGUUAUUGAUAAUAGACCCCCAGAGCUAUCCGAGGCUCGUGUUAUAGAGGAGAAACAGAGGAUCUUGAAGCCGGCGCCGCUGCAGGCGCGCCUGCUGUCAGUACUGGAGCCUGAUGUCAAGGACCCAGUGAAGAGGUACUAUGUGACCAUGGUGCCGCAGAACACUGCUGAAAAGAAGUACGUGUUUAUUAAGAACGAACCGGCGGAAACUGUUCAAAUUGAACAGAGGCUGAAUCAUCUGACACAACAAAUCAACAACAACGAUUCGGAACCCGAACACCGGAGCUUGGAUAACGGUGAUCAUGUAAACAACGUGAACAGCGCGGUGAUCGUCCACCCGAACCAGUUGUUGCCGGUAUUGCCGCCACCUACGUCACACACGAUUAUCGUGUCGGGCAACACGUUCCCGUGGCAGUCGCUGGUCCCGCUGCUGAGCGGCUCCCCGCCGCCGAGCGCGGGCGCGGCGCCGGCCCCGGCCGCGCCGCCCUCGCCGCGCACGCCGCGCACGCCGCGCACCCCACACACGCCGCACACGCCGCACACGCCGGCGCCGCUCAUCAAAACUGAGGACCAGAUCAAGACGGAGGCUGGCGAUCCUCCUAUGUGCACUGAUGAAGAUGAUGAGGUAUUUGAAAGCGAAGACUCUGGGACCGGCGGCGACGACUCUACCAAGAGACCCUCGCAAAACACAUCAGCGCUCAACUCUCCUGCUACACAGGAAAAGAAGGAGCGCCGUAUCCGCCGGCCCAUGAACGCGUUCAUGAUCUUCUCGAAGCGUCACCGCCAGAUCGUGCACCAGAUGCACCCGAACCAGGACAACCGCACCGUCAGCAAGAUCCUCGGCGAGUGGUGGUACUCGCUCAAGCCUGAGGAGAAGCAGAAGUACAAUGAGCUGGCUAGCGAGGUAAAAGAAGCCCACUUCAAAGCGCAUCCGGAAUGGAAAUGGUGCAAUAAAGACCGCAGGAAGUCGUCUAGCAGUAAAGAUCCAACUGGAUCCAUGCCACAGAGUCCACGAACUCCGUCUGAAGUGGGUCUCAGCGGUGCUCUGUCAGCUAGUUCAGACUUGCCCGUGCCUGUGGCUUCGUACAACCACAUCGGAUCGCCGCAGCUUAGCGACGAUGAGCAAAUGCCAUCGCAACCAGAAGAACCGCCCCCUGCGGUCCAGAGCAUAGAGAUCGAUCUCAAAUGUGGUGAGAAGGUGACCGACUCGGACUCCGAAGGACUGGAUACCAGGGACUACUUGCCGUCGCAUCACGACCACACCCGAAGGCCUAAACCUAUUAAAGCUCGCGCUGGAUCGUCUGACAAUCUUCUGGGCGGGAUAACUGCGUCCAGUCCAGGAGGACCUAAGGGCUUCCAACCCACUGGUGGUGCAUUUAAAUCCACUCACGCUGAUACAAAUGAGAACCACAGGCAAUGGACAGCAUUCACGCAGCUGAGCAAGCCGCAGGCCGUGGCGAGCUCCCCGCAGGCGGCGGGCGCGGCGGGCGCGGCGGGCGCGGGGGGGGCCAGCGCGCACAGCCUGUCGCACAGCGUGCAGGGCAUCUCGCUGGGCACGCCCAACCUGUCGGCGCAGGCCGCGCUCGACAACGCCAUCGCUUCCAUCAUGAACUCGCCCACCUCCACGUGCGGGGUGCAGGUAAUAUCGAGCGGCAUGUCCAACACGAUCUCGACGCCGACGUCCACGCCGCUGACGACGCCUCUCGCCAACCCCGUGCUGAAGAGCUUCACUAUCGUCAAGAGGAGUAUUGGUGAUAACUCGCCCUGUCCUCUCACCCUGUCGCUGGACGCGUCCGGCAACCUGCUUUUAAAGCCGAGCCAAUCGUCGGACAGUCCCGCUUCAGACCAGUCGAUGCACUGCGUUCAUCUACAAAGACUUUAUGUGCCAACCUUCAAUACGGAAGUAGAGACCCCGAAGAGUACCCCCCAGCCCGCGCAGAGCGUGCAGGCCGCGCAGUCCGUCAUCGUGUCGCAGAGCAACACCAACACCGCGCCCAAGCCUGCCACCCAAUGGCAUUCAUCUGUCGAAGAAACCCGUCCAUUCCCGUUAGCACCAACUCCGGCGCAGCUUGGCAGAGCGCCUUUACAGAAGAGACUUAGUCGAGGCACGUCAACAGGCUCGACGGGCAGCGAGCCGGCCACGUCCGCGGCGGGCGGCAGCGGCGCCCUCGCGCGGCACGACGCCGGCGGCGCCGCCAGCUCCGACGACGCGGCCUCGCCCAAGCACUGCGACCUGCCCAGCCCCUCGCACAAGAAGAGCCUCUUCAAGAAGAGGAAUGAGGACGGCAGGGACAAAGUGUUGGAGACAGUGAACUUUGAGCAGAAGUUCAGCACGUUGCCGCAGUUCAAGCCCGAGGCUUGCAGCCCGAGCGCUAUGGUGGUGCCUAGGAGUCCGCAACUUUAUACCAUGAGGAAGAAACACAGCAAAAUGGAAGAUGAGCCUACAGUAGUGACGCCGCAGCUGGAGCCCGAGGUCAUGAACGGCAACGGCAUGCCCACCCCGCACUCGUAUGGUACGCCGCAUACAACCACCAACAAGCUGGUUGGGAACACUUUCUUCGGACCAGAUUUCAAUCUGGAUACUUAUAGAGUGUCGUCGGAGGGCCUGGAGGAGAUGUCCCCGCGCACGCCGUGCUCGGCGGGCGGCGCGGCGGGCGCGGCGCGCGGCGAGGCGGGCCACCGCCGCGUGCUGGAGCAGCGCCGCCAUCUCGUGCUCAAGCUGUUCCAGGAGCACGGCAUGUUCCCCACCACGCAGGCCACCACGCACUUCCAGGCUACUCACAUGGACAUAUUCCCAACAAAGAUGGCUCUGCAGCUAAAGAUACGCGAAGUGCGGCAGAAACUGAUGGCCCAGUCGAACCUCACGCCCCACUCCGAAGUCAAUACGCCAACUAUUCAGUAAAUUCUCCAAUCGCGUCCGCGCCCUUGCAGCCGACGUCGACGGCCAGUUAGCGAUGCGGAAUCACUAUCUCCAUUGUGGUGCAGGAGUAAAACGUUAUAGGGAUUUAGCUCUCACACUUAUACAUACACAAUACAUAAAUACACAUUUACGACUAACAACUACAAUACAAACAUCAGUUAUCGAAACGAGGCUCAGUUUAAGAUUGGCAUUCAUCAUUGAACUUAAGAAUACAUUCUUAAGAUCUUAAAGUGAGCUUUGUUCGGGUGUAUAAACCACUGUAUCGUCAAUUAAAUGUAUGUAAAUUUGAUCUUCAAUAGAAGCUUUCAGUGUUAUAUCUCUAUGACGUUAAAAUGGAGAUUGGAUUGGAUUCGCAAAAUGAUCGAUAAAUGCAUAAGCAUUUAAAACAGUGAUUAGUAUAAUGUAUAGCUACUCGUUUAUAGUAUUUUAUUAUUAUCCAGAUAUACUUUUUUAAAUAAUAAAAAGUUUAAAAAAUCGAAAAAAUUAAUCGGUAAUGUUAAGUCCGUGAGAAUUGGCGAUGCAUGGUCUAAUUUGAUUUAAAUUGUAUGUUUUAUGUAAAAUGUAGUUUUAUCUGAAAAUAACAAUGGUACUAAUGGUUUGUCCCCUUUUCAUACGUCUUAACCAAUGUUGAUCCUGUUAUACUUAUAACGCACUAGGUAGAGAGAUUAUUAGCCAACCCAAUCCGUUAAUGCGUACAUUUGAUUGGCUAAUAUGUCUAUCAGCCUAGUGCGUACUUAUCUGUGUAAAUGAGAAAGACAGACGAAUGGUUACGAGAUGUUUCAUAUCUAUAGUGUUUCAUGUUACAAUAAUACAAAAAAAGUAAAAAAAAAUAACAAAAAAAUCCGACCUCUAUCAUCCGAGUAUUUACUUAAAGCCAAUUUGUUAGCAACGUGACUUUGAGAAUAUUACUAACACUGUAUUAGAAUGUGUUAAAAUCAUUUCCAUAAAAAAUGUGUUUUUACAUUUCUCUUACAAGAACUAUUUUCCUCCAUAUACUAUUAACAUUUUUACUAGCCUUAAUGCAGAUCGAAUCCCUCAAAUGUAAGAAAGUGACAUGUUCAAUUUGCGAGUCUUAACGAAAACACGUCAUUUUCAUAUAUUCCAACAACUUCUAUCAUUAUUAUGGCUUGUUUAAAU